GGAUCUCGGGAUUGUGCUAGUCGGAGAUUACUUUCGUCUGCUAUGGUGCGGUUUAUAGUCAGGGCGGUCUCCUCGCCUGGGGCGUGAAGUCGAGGGUGGUGAGUGAAUCGCGCUAAGGUGGUUAACGACUUCGAGGCUCUGAGGAAGCGGAGCGGGACAGAAGCGAGGGGGCAGCGGUGCAAAUGAAGGACCAGAGAAGGGUGCCAAUGUUUUGCUUCCAGAGCCCGUUCACUCGGGGUUCCCGAGGAAGUGCGCAAUCGUCGAGGACCGCGAGCCCCUCGGCGGCGAUCCAGCGCCCCCCCGACGCCUCGGCGGCCGGCAGUCGUCCCCCAACGACUGCCGAUCACGAGUCGACCGGGAGCAGACGACGCGGCUCCGAGGCGAACAGCGAGGGCUCAGGCUCCUCCUCGAUAAAGUACAUCGACCAGGAAGCCACCUGCAUGUCGGGGAGCAGCAGCACCGACACCCUCCCGGGUAUCCGUGCGGACUACCUCGACGUCGACCCCCUCUCAUCGCCCGAGACCCCCGUCGCCUGCAACGGUGACCUGGCCGAGCCUGACGUCGCGGAGACGCUGACCCCCGGCUCCUUCCUGAGCGUCAACCCCCCGUCGACGGGGCCGAAGGACACCCGACCGAUCCACCUCUCGCCUAACGGCCAGAAGUCGAACGGAAGCAGCAGGUGGCGUAGGAGAUUCUUGCUCAGAUUGAGGUCGACCGAGUCCUCGACAUCGAGCACCGGGGAACCAUCCCCGUCCCCGACCCCAUCCCCGUCACCGUCCCCAACUCCAUCUCCCUCCCCGUCACCCGGUAACCUGAACCACGUGCAAAGGUCCUCCUUCUCCUCGGCCCAGGAUAUACCAGCGCUGGAGAACGGAUUCGGGGAAACUUCCGCCGGGGGUGCGAUAAAGAGUUUGUGCGUCGAGGAAGGGUCUCUCCCCUCGAGCCCUGCGCCAGGUGUCGGACUGGCCCCCGGGGGCGGGGCCUACUACGCUUUCCUCACCGCAAACUGCGUCAUACGCCAGGAACCGACGAGCACCAGUUCUCCCCAGCUUUCGUCCGCUGCUAGCACUCCUCGAGCCAGUGUCGACUCGCCGUUAUCCUACACGGAUCUGCCUCCGCAAGGAGCCACCCUGGAGCCCCAGACUCUCGAGGCCAGUUGUCUUCCCGCCGCCAGGUCCUGCCCCAACCUGGAACGCCAGAGCGGACCCUCGAGCCCCAGUCCGAGCCCCGGGCCGGCGGGGCCUCGUUUUAAACCCCUCGAGGAGGGUGACAUCCAGGUCUGCUAUUUGAACCACACGAGGACUCUGGUCAGCAAGAUAUUGUCGAACAAGUUUUUGAGGAGGUGGGAGACUCAUCAUCUAUACUUGAACGAUGCCUGCCUCUCGUCGAGAACGCUCACGGGAUUCCUCCAACAUCCGGUUCCCUACAGCAGCAUGUCUGAGGUCUACGCGGUUGCGAGAUGGGAUCCGACCUACAAGUACUGCCUCCGUAUCGUCUUACCGGACGGCUCGCUUCUCUUGCAGGCUGGUAACGCUUACACGAGGGAUCAGUGGUACCACUCUAUACUAUGGAAGAAGAGCAUCUUCAAGUACCAACACUUGGUCUCGGUGAGCACCAGGGAAGAGGUCGUCCUUCGAGAGCUCAAAGCGAUGGUAGAUUUCGCCCUGUGGACACCCUUGCAGGACGAAAGGGUAGCCGGAGCGCCGCUCGAGGCGGUAGCCAGACUCCUGGAGGAACCGGAAGUGGCCGAUGCGAAGAACGGAAAAGGCGGUGCGGCCCGCUGCGAGGGUAGGGGUGGCAGGAACUGGGCCGAGGCUGUUUUAGCCGUGGCAGCACCGCUUCUCGAAAAAGUAGCGCCACCACCGACGUUGGCAAGGGCCUUAGCAAGGCUGGCCCAACUCCACCCGAGAUCUCCUCUCGUCGCGGCCCUCGCCCCGGCCAUAACAAGGUGUCUCAAGCACACCGUCGACUUCGGCAAGUCGCCGGACAUGCGGAAGCUCCUUCAAGUCUUCGUUGCCGCCCUCUACGAAAACAAUGAUGGCGAACAGGCGAUCAGGGACUACAUCGCCUCCGUUCACGGACCCGGAAGCGACUGUCCUCACCCCAGGGUGCUUCCAAAUUUAGUGUCGAUUUGUAUCGCCGCCAUAUUUCACAGAUUCGAGGUCGCGCGUCAUUCUUCGUCUGCAGAUGAACAGCCAGCCUCGUCAUUGCCGCCUCUCCAGUGUUAUCUUCUUCUCUUGAACGUUGCAUCGGAGUACGCUGAUUGGCGGCCCGGACUCGGUGGACUUCUGCAGCCGGUUCCGUUCCCCGAAGAAGCUCUGGCCGACAAAGCUGUGCAAUUGUCUCUGCUGGUCGGCGUCGCCGGACGAAUCGCCAAGGACCCGAGGUGCUCCGUUCACCGAUGCCUACUUCCGGUCCGAGAACCGAGACCCGGAUGGAUCCACAUCGCGGCCCCAGCGAGCCCCGCCUGUCCGGACCAAGGGCAGCUUUUUGGAGAAAUGCUGACGACGUUGUUCGAGUGUUGCUGUCGGAGGAAAAAGUUUGUUGGAUCACUGAUGAAGCAGGCUGGAGGUGCUUGUAUCCUCCUCGGAGUCAGAGGAUGUGACGCAGCCCAGGAAGCACUGUGUCUGAUGCUGGAAUGGCGGCUGCUGCCGAACGAGGAAGCCAGACUUCAAGUGGUUUCUGCCCUGCAAUCUACCGCCUCGGGAAGAACAAAGUACGCCGCACUUUGUCAGCGGCAAAGAAACCUGCAGGAGUUGCAACAAAAAGGGGGACCCAAGAAACUGACGCUACCUGUGCGAGCGACUGACGCUGAUGUUGCCCUUCUUCUGGGCGGCGGUGCUCUCGGAAAUCUGGAGUGUUUGAGCCUGGCUUUCACUUCUGUGACUUCGGCCUGUGCUGAACAGUUGAUAAAGCUACCGGCUUUGAGGUACCUUAACUUGUGGGCGACGCAGUUCGGCGAUGCCGGUCUUCAAAUGAUCAGCGAACAUCUCCAGAAGCUGCAGGUGUUGAACUUGUGCGAAACGCCGGUUUCCGACAAGGGGAUUUCCACCCUUGCCUCGCUAACGAGUCUCAGGAAAUUGAAUUUGAAUAGUACGAAACUGUCGGCCCAAACCUUUGAAUCGUUGAAGAAGCGAUUGCCGGCUCUUCAGGAAUUCGAUGUUCGAUAUACCGAGGCUUGGUGACCCGAACCUCCGCCGCGAAAUCUGCCGAACAACCUCAACAACCUCCUCGAUAAUACCGCACCGACGAAUAUAUUAACUGCAAGGCAACAGCGUUGAGAUGGAAAUUUUUGAGCAGCCACUGCCACCGAUUACAAAGUUCAAUACUUUAUUUACAGUUGUUCGGCCCUGGCCUACAUUACAAUGUCUGUACAAUUAUAGUGAGCAUACGAAAAAUUUAACGCCCGUUAAAGGUGUACCAUUUCAAUUGAUGCAAAGCUGACGACAAAAGUUGGUUUUUGCUGAGUUUCUGUAGAAAUUUUCAUCACCAUAACGAAAAUUUCGCGCUAGAGUGAAUUUUCU